ACGGCUCGGCGGCGGCGAUGGGGUGCCUGCAGAGCGUGGCCUGCAAGGCGCGGGUGCGUCGGGAGCAGAUCGUGGUGUCGGACGUGUCGGCUACCAUCGAGCCGGCGGCCACCGCCAUCGAGGAGAGCUCGCCGGUGGUGCUGCGGUACCGCACGCCCUAUUUCCGCGCCUCGGCCCGCGUCCUCAUGCCCCCCAUCGCCCGGCGGCACACCUGGGUGGUGGGCUGGAUCCAGGCCUGCAACCACAUGGAGUUCUACAACACCUACAGCGACCUCGGCGUGUGAGCACCGGCACCGCCACUGGCGCCACCGCAGCGCGCUGGGUUGGGGGGACGGGAUCUGGCACCGGGCAGGGCGCCCCGGCUACACUGGGCGGGAGCGGGGAUGCAGAAGCCCCACGGUGUGCACCGGGUUGGGUAUGGCAUGGCCCCCCCAGCAUCCAGUGUGGGCAGCACCCCCGCGCACCGCCUGUUGCACCUUCACCCCAUGUCUGCACCCACAGGUCAAGCUGGGAACUGCCCGACUUGCGAGAAGGAAGAGUAAAAGCCAUCAGCGACUCGGAUGGUGUGAGCUACCCCUGGUACGGAAACACCACAGAAACUGUGACCCUGGUCGGGCCCACUAACAAGAUCUCCAGGUUCUCAGUGAGCAUGAAUGACAAUUUCUACCCCAGCGUGACAUGGGCUGUCCCUGUAAGUAACAGUAAUGUGCCGCUGCUGACCAGGAUUAAAAGGGACCAGAGCUUUACCACAUGGCUGGUGGCCAUGAACACCACCACCAAGGAAAAGAUCAUCUUGCAGACUAUAAAGUGGAGGAUGAGAGUGGACAUUGAGGUUGAUCCCAUGCAGCUGCUGGGGCAGCGGGCACGGCUGGUGGGAAGGACUCAGCAGGAGCAGCCCCGGAUCCUCAGCAGGAUGGAGCCCAUCCCACCAAAUGCACUAGUGAAACCCAAUGCCAACGAUGCCCAAGUCCUCAUGUGGAGACCCAAGCGAGGCCAGCCUAUAGUUGUGAUACCUCCCAAGUAGAUCAGCGCCAGGGCGCGUAUGUGAGGACCUGGGAGCUGUCAGCCUGCUGCAAAUGAAUGGGGUUCCUGAGCCAAAGCAGACCUCUUGGGUUCUCCUGCCUUUGUAGCUGUGGUUGGAAAUGUGCCUCCCUCUUAGUCAGAAAGAGAGCCUGGCUGGCACGGGCACGUGGAAGAGGGAUCACUGAGCUGGAGGAUUUCCCAGGAAGCAGAAUCAAGUACUUGUAGGGGCUUGCGGCUGGCAAAGAGGCUGUCUGACCUAAAUGAAUCAUCUUUCCUUGCAGGGCAGUGCAAGGAGCAUGAGUGUGAUCAAACCAUGCCGCUGGCAAAUGUUGCUUUCCACCCAGCUGGAGGUAGAAGUGGAGACCAUGUCUGCUGGACGUGGAGGGCUCCUGUGGUGACCCUUCCUGCUGGAUCAUGGGUGUCCCCACGGUGUCUAUACCUAUGCAUUUGGAUCGAUAAUCGAGCCCUGGUCCUGCCCGCUGGGGCUGGGCACAGGGUCCGGGAGUGGAAUGGGAGCUGGCAGUGCUGGGUGCUGGGCUGGAGCCUGGUGCUGGCCAGUACCACUGCCCAGGAUGGGUUUUCCACAGCUGAGGGAAAGUGGGACAUGUUUUGCAUGCAUCUGGGUGUGUUUGGAGUAGUUGUGAGUGUAGGAGAUGCCAUAGCUCUUUUCUGUCUUGGAGUGAGAUCUAAGGGCAGAUUAGAUGUCCUUUCGUUUUAAGGUGCACUAAUCCUUUGCAGUUCCUCAACCCCAUUUCCCCCCUCCCCAAAUCCUGCUGAUGUUUUUCUUACAGGAGCAAAAUCGAUUCUCAGCUGAAUGAGAAGUUGGGAGCAGCGCCCAUUCACUCUGCCUAGGUACUCGCUGACUGUGUGGGGUGCCCAGACCAGCUUGGAGGUGACCUGGGACUCACACUCUUCCAGUGCAGACCCAAGUCCUUUGCAAGAAGUUGGGUGCUUGCUCAUUUUCCAUACAAAUGCUGGCUCAUGUGGAGACUCCUCCUUCUCAGCCACCCACAGAGCAGGAUGGCUACUGGCAGGGAUGCUGAUGGAGAGGAUGGCAUGCCUUGCAGUAACUCCCCAUGCUCUGCAGGGAUGGAGAUCUCCUUUCCAUGGGUUGGAGGCAGGGAUGUGAGCAGAGGCUGUGCAAGGCAGGCCUGGGUUUGCCUGGGAAGGAGGUGAGCAUUCUGCCUGGACAUUGCCUCCUGCUGCUGCAGGUGCUUGGAGAGUACCAGGGUUUUAUUUGUCUUUCCCAUUGCCCCUCACUGCCUGGAUGACCGGCAUCCUCUGGGUUGGUGUGGUGCUAUGGGCUGUGACCUGCACCUCCCAGUACCUUGCCCUCAAGAUGCAGCAGAGGCACAAACCAUGGCUGCCCUGCCUGUGCCACAGGUGCCCCAUUACUCCUGGGCAGAUGGUUAUGACUUUCGCUGCUUUCUCUGCUCUGUCCUCUGCCCCAGCAUGAGCCCUGUGGCUCCUCCAGCUCAUGUCCCUGCCUUCACGCCAUGGGAGGUUUGACCUGCCCUAGGGGUGUGGGUAAUUCCUACUGGGAGGGUCUCAUCUUCUGCCCCACUGCCAGGAGAAACUGGGGAGGGUCACUGUGUUUGGCACUUCCGUGCAAAGCCUUUCAUGUGGCAUUAAUAGCACUGCCCUCGGCGUUGCUUUGCUUCCUGUGGUGUGCUGGCACAUCUCUGUGGCAUUGCUCUGCAGAGCUUUGGCCAUGGCUUGUGCUUUUCCGGGACGGGAUGUGCACCCUGGUCCCUUCCAGCAAAGGAGCUCCCCAGGCAUCUUAGACCAAAAAUCCAUGUGAAAUCCCUGUGCUAUUUAUUAUUCUCAGUAGUGUUUGCUGCUGAUUGGAUUCUUACUUAUUUUUCCCUUUGGGAGUAUUGCAUUUUGACGCCUUGACGCACAUUUUCCUAUGCUGAGGCUGGUGGUCCUUCUCCUCCCGCUUGGCCUCACUAUGGGCUGGGAAUCUGCUGCUUUUGGUGCCUACACCUGGAUUUUGCUGGGGGCUAUAGCCUUGUGGUGAGAAAGGUUUGGAGGAAGAGGGGACUCUGGUUUGCUUGUUUUCUGGAGCAAAAGUUCCACUGGGAGCUUGCCAGCGUGGGAAGAUGCCCCACUCUUAUGAGACUCUGCCCAUGGUUUUGUUCUGAUAUGGGGUUGAUGGCAGGUUUUGCUGUCACUGAUGUUUUGUUUCUCAAAAAGCAUGUGUGGAGAAGGGUUAGAAACUUUAAAUACAAUUUUCUGUAGUCUUUGAGAAAAGAGGAGGGAUUAAGUACCUUUUGGUUUGAAAUAAGGCAGAUGUGUACUUUUGACCCAGUGGGACAGAAAUGUCUCUGGCAGCAUCAGAGCUAAAAAGCCAGUGGAAGGGGUUCCGCAGCUGAUGGGAACUCGAGGGCUGUGUACAGCCAUCAGACUGGGGAGAUGCUGUGGCAGCACCUUGGUGCCUGGUGGCUGGGAGAGCGAGGAUACUGGUGAGC